AUGGUCGAAUCUAGGAGCAGCUCAGAACUGAAUUUACCAAAAACAAGCAUUAAUUUCCCGCCUAGUCCACCAAGCACUGUCGGAAAGUCCAGAAGGUGCAGUUUUGAUCGUCACUCCAACGAUAUUCUCUUGCCAGGAACGCCUACAUCAUCGAGUGACGACACGUCUGUCUACCCUCUCCCUCCACGAAAUGGCAGAAAGUCAGUUCAGCCACAGGACAUCAAGACUCCAGAUAACCACGUAGAGAGAGAUGACCGUCUGAUUCGGCUAACUGGCGUCCACCCCUUCAAUUGCGAGCCUCCUCUGACCAAUCUGUACGAUGAGGGAUUCCUUACCAGUGAGAACCUUCACUAUGUCCGAAACCAUGGCCCAGUGCCACGGUGUGACGACAGUGACAUGGAUCGGUGGGAGUUUACUGUGGAGGGUCUGGUGGAAAACCCCUUUACACUGAGUGUCAAGGAGCUCAUCACGGAUUACGAGCAAGUGACCUACCCAAUCACACUUGUCUGCGCCGGAAAUCGCCGCAAGGAACAGAAUGUGGUUCGCAAAUCUAAGGGAUUCUCUUGGGGUCCCGCAGGACUAUCAACAGCAUUGUGGACGGGUGUUGUCCUUGGUGAUUUAAUCGCCAAGGCUAAACCUAGGCGACGUGCGAGAUACGUUUGUUUCGAGGGAGCAGAUAAGUUACCUAAUGGCUAUUAUGGAACGUCCGUCAAGCUGAACUGGUGUCUGGAUCCAAAUCGAGGUAUCAUGGUCGCCCACAAGAUGAAUGGUUGUGUUUUACACCCUGAUCAUGGCAAGCCUGUCCGUGUCGUCAUCCCCGGGCAAAUAGGCGGCCGUAGUGUCAAGUGGUUGAAAAGGAUUAUAGUCACAGAAGAGCCUAGCGACAAUUGGUACCACAUCUAUGACAACCGAGUUUUGCCAACUAUGGUGACACCUGAAGCAAGUGCCGAUCUGCCAGAUACAUGGAAAGACGAGCGUUAUGCAAUAUAUGACCUCAAUACGAACAGCGCCAUCUGCUAUCCGGCGCAUGAUGAAAGGCUCCCCAUGAAUAGCGGCACGAGCACCUACAACAUACGGGGUUACGCAUACGGGGGUGGAGGCAAACGUAUUACGCGGAUGGAGGUUACUUUAGACAAGGGCAAAACUUGGAGAUUGGCGAAUAUAGAUUACCCCGAAGACCGAUAUCGUUUGGCCCCAGAUGGAGAAACGCUCUAUGGAGGAAGGGUAGAUAUGUGGUGGAGAGAAACUUCGUUUUGUUGGUGUUUUUGGGACCUCACCCUUGAUGUGAACGAACUCAAAUCGACGGCCGACAUCAUGGUUCGGGCAAUGGACGAAAGCCUCAUGGUACAGCCAAGGGACAUGUACUGGAGCGUCCUAGGUAUGAUGAAUAACCCUUGGUACAGAGUCGUGGUCCAUAAUGAUGGCGACACGCUACGGUUUGAGCACCCUACACAACCUGCUUUAAUGCCUGGUGGGUGGAUGGAGCGGGUGAAAAAAUCAGGAGGAAAUCUUACGAACGGCUCAUGGGGGGAGAGACGAGAUGGUGAAGCUGAGAAAAUGACGAAUCGAGAAAUCGAAAAAGACAUAUGCAUGACUAAUCCCGAAAUUGAUCGUCUGGUCACUAUGGACGAAAUUAAAGAACACAGUGGCGAACAGGACCCUUGGUUCAUUGUGAACGGCCAUGUAUUCGAUGGUACACCGUUCCUAGAGAAGCACCCCGGUGGUGCAGCAUCAAUAUUUGGAGCUGCCGGACAAGAUGUCACGGAGGAGUUUGUUACCAUUCACAGUGAAAAUGCCAAGUCAAUGAUGCCUGAAUACCACAUUGGUAAACUCGACGAACCUGCACGAGCACAGCUUGCUGGUGAAGUCUCUGAAGUUGAUCCUACUCGAGCAGUGUUUCUCAAUACCAAAGUCUGGACGAAAGCACCUCUGCAUGAAAAGCUCACAGUUUCUCCUGAUUCCAAAAUAUUCAGGUUCAAACUGGAUCACAACCAACAACAAGUUGGGUUGCCUGUCGGCCAGCACCUGAUGAUGAGGAUACGCGAUCCCGCAACCCGAGAACCAGUAAUUCGGGCGUAUACCCCCAUUUCUAAAGGGUCGGACCAAGGGUGGCUUGAUGUAUUGAUCAAAAUUUACCAUGACGCCCCAGGUCGAAAAGGCGGCAAAAUGACACAAGCACUUGAUGCCGUUCCAACUGGCCACUUUGUUGAUUUCAAGGGCCCAGUGGGUAAAUUUGAGUACCUUGGAAAAGGUCUCUGUUUGGUAUCUGGGAAAAGACGCCGGGUGUCCAGAUUUAACAUGAUAUGCGGCGGGUCAGGUGUCACACCUAUAUUGCAGGUAUUGCGAGCAGUAGCAGAGGAUUGGGAUGACACUACCGAGUGCGUUGUCCUGGAUGGAAAUCGUGUGGAAGAAGAUAUCUUGUGUAAAUCACGCCUCGACCAGAUUGCGUCGAGUGCAGUUCGCAAAUGCCGCCUGAUUUACUGCCUCAGUCGCCCGUCUCCUACGUGGAAGGGACGAAAAGGUCGAAUUGGCAUGACUAUGAUUUCGACCGAAAUAGGUUCACCGCGGCCAAACAAAGACGACAUGGUCUUGCUCUGUGGUCCAAGCCAAAUGGAAACGAGUGUUCACGAGAUCCUAAGGGAUCUAGGCUGGCUAGAUGAAGAUAUUAUCAUAUUCUAA